AGAUAAACAAAAAUGGAUUGAAACUAAUACUGAAUUUAAUGAUUUGAGAAAAAGAACUCGUACAUCUGCUUAUUCCGAAAUCAAAAGUUCUUUAGCAAUUUGGUUUAUACAAGCACUAUCUGUAAAUCAAAUAAUUACAGAAGAUGUUUUAAAAGCAAAAGCAU